AAUACGCUGUAACACCGGAAGUACCAACAUCUCAAUGUGACUUACUGAAGCUAACGCAGCUAACACAUUCAUGCUUUAAUAUCUCGUUCAACAAGUGAUUUAAAGACUACAAAAUGUUCCUCACCACCGUUAACUUGGCCAAGGCUAAAUCCAAGACAGUGCUGGUGCAGAUGAUGAGCGCUGCAGGGACAGGUUACUUCUUCAACACGAAGAGGAACCGACUCACACAGAAACUGGUGCUGCGCAAACAUGAUCCAGUCGUGAACAAGCACGUCCUGUUUUUUGAGAAGAGGAAGAUCAGAUCGAUUUAACAAUGCACAGAAACAUGGACAACAAAAACCUGCAACGGUUUUAAACAGACAAUUUAACAGUUGUGCAUUAUACAAAGUGCUCUGCUGAG